AAUGCAAUAUCAAAGAGUAUACAUUAAAGCAACAACAAGAAAACAAAAAAAUGAACAAUUAGAUGAUUUUUAUGAACAAAUAUAAUAUAAUGAUGAAUCUUAAUAUUUAGAAUUAGAUUCCUUAUUACAAAAAAGAACAUAAAAAGAUUAUUUGAAUGAAGAAACUAAAACAAAGAAAGCUCUAAGUCAUUUUGAAAUAUCAAAUCUAUAGUGGAAUAAUACUUUUUUAAAAUCUUCAGAAUAAGAAGUUAAGGAAUUGACCUCUUUUUCCAUUGAAUAAAACUUUUAAAAAAAUCAAUACCAAGAUAGCAAGUUCUUAAAAUAUACUGAUAUUGAAGAUUUUUCCAUCAUUAACAUUAAUGAGAUUAAUUAUCUAGAACAAUUCAAUAAACCAAAAAUUUGUCAAAUGAGGAAAAAGUAAAAGCACAAUAUUAGUAAGAAAAUCUAUAAAUUCCUUUCCUGAUUGUUUAAUGUUUUG